AUAAGAAGUCUUGUGACAUGAUAGUUGCGUUGUGUACAACCACGGUCAGAAUGUAAUUCUCGUUUCGUAAACGGACUGCAGGACAAUCUAAACGUAAGAAUAGAAUCACAUCGGAAAUUUUUCCGAGGUCGGAUUGACCUAGCUUUAACGUCGCCAGCGAGUGUUUACAUUUCCGAUUCGUCGUUGACACGUAUAUUAUCGAAAUAGUACAUCGGAGCACCAGAACUUGAUUGCAGUAAUGGGUAAUGCUGGUAGCAAUCAGCCUGUUGGCCAUCACCACGGCACUACAGUAAGCAGGGAGCGACAUAAUAAAGAUCAUCCUCCACCCUCUCCAGGGAAGGAAGGCCAGGCGUUUGUCUUUGACAAAAAGCCAAGUCAAAAGCUCGUAUUUCAGUCCUCCCAUGAAGAAGAAGAGUCAUACUUUGUAAAGAGUGGCCAACAGGAUGGGGAUGAUUUUGGAUCACAGAGACCAAGAUCUAACACAGUAUCCGAGGGAACAAAAGUUGCAGACAGCAAGGUACUACCAACUGUUUUCAAGUGGGAAGGAGGUGGAAAGCAGGUGUAUAUUAGCGGUACAUUUACUGGAUGGAAGACAUUACCGAUGGUAAAGAGUCAUGGAGAUUUUGUCACUAUAAUUGACCUGCCAGAGGGAGAACAUCAGUAUAAAUUUUUUGUCGAUGGUGAAUGGAGGCACGAUCCUGGACUGAAAAUUGUGGACAAUGGUAUGGGUUCCAAGAACAAUUUAGUUUCUGUAAAGAAGUCUGACUUUGAGGUAUUUCAAGCUCUCGCAAAAGAUAGCGAGGGUGUCACUAGUAGUACGCAAACAGAGUAUGGACAAGAAAUACCACCACACAAACCUUGGGAGAAAAUAACCGGCCCACCUAUCCUGCCGCCGCAUCUGUUGCAAGUUAUUCUUAAUAAGGAUACACCAUUAUCCUGCGAGCCUACUCUUUUACCUGAGCCAAAUCACGUUAUGUUGAACCAUCUUUAUGCCUUGAGUAUUAAGGACAGCGUUAUGGUCCUAUCAGCCACACAUCGUUAUCGCAAAAAAUAUGUCACAACUUUGCUUUACAAACCAAUUUAAAUGUUAAGCCAUUCCCGUGUUUGUUGGUGCUGUACAUUUUUUAACUAUCGCGGAAUAACACAGGUGCCCGAGUGAUGCGACAUUGGUGCAUAAAGUUUUUACGAGCUUCUUUGAGGCAAGAUAGAAGAUUAUAAUAUUCAAAAAUGAUUGAUUCGUUGCUACGUUUAUUAUAUCUCAGUCAUGUGUAUGAUAAUGUAAUUACUAUUUAUUAAAGCUAGAUAUUUUAUA